AUGGGGAGUCGCCGAGGCCUGAGCCAGCCGCGGGCCGGCCUCUGCCUGCUCCUGGCCUCGCUGCAGCUUCUGCUCCGGACGCAGGCAGUGACAGACCCUGUGGAUGUGCUGAAGGCCCUGGGUGUGCGAGGGGGCCAGGCUGGGGUCUCUGAAGGGCCUGGCUUCUGCCCCCAGAGGGCCCCGGAGGGUGACCGGGCAUUCAGGGUUGGCAAGGCCACCACACUUGGGAUCCCUACGUGGGAGCUUUUUCCAGAUGGGCACUUUCCCGAGAACUUUUCCGUGCUGAUCACUCUGCGGGGCCAGCCAGCCAACCAAUCUGUCCUUCUGUCCAUUUAUGAUGAGGGUGGUGCUCGGCAGCUGGGCCUGGCUCUGGGGCCAGCUCUGGGUCUCCUAGGUGACUCCUUCAGCCCCCUCCCCCAGCAGGUCAAUCUCAUGGAUGGCAGGUGGCACCGUGUGGCAAUCAGUGUGGAUGGCAGGAUGGUGACUCUGGUGGCUGACUGUGAACCUCAGCCCCCCACGUUGGGCCAGGGGCCUCGAUUCAUUAGCACGGCUGGACUCACUGUGUUGGGAACCCAGGAUGUCGGGGAGGAGACUUUUGAGGGAGAUAUUCAGGAGUUGCUGAUAAGUCCAGAUCCUCAGGCUGCCUUCCAGGCCUGUGAGCGGUACCUUCCUGGCUGUGACAACCUGGACCCUAUAGCCACAGGGGCCCCCCAGGGUGAGCCAGAAACUCCAGCCCCUCGACGUAAGGGGAAGGGAAAAGGGAAGAAAAAAGGGCGAGGUCGUAAGGGGAAGGGCAGGAAGAAGAAGAAGAACAAGGAGACUUUGACCCCAAGCCUACCUCCUGGCUCCCUGGAGAACCAGACCUCCACUGACAUCCCCCAAACAGAGACACCAGCUUCAACUUUACCUCCGAUUCCCACGCCUUUGGUCAUGACCACCACUGUGACUAUUGGCCACAAUGUCACCAUGCUAGAGGGGCCCCUGGACCCUGACAGUGGAACAGAACUGAGGACCCUGGAGACUAAGUUAGCCAAAGAAGACAAAGAAGGAGGUGACCCUACCAUUGUCCCUGUCUUCCGGGCAGCAGAGCAGCCGUCACAGACUCAGUUCCAGAUUUUUUCUGGUGCUGGAGAAAAGGGAGCAAAAGGGGAACCAGCAGUGAUUGAACAGGGACAGAAGUUUGAGGGACCUCCAGGAGCCCCAGGACCCCGAGGGGUGGUCGGCCCCUCAGGCCCUCCCGGCCCCCCAGGAUUCCCUGGAGACCCUGGUCUACCGGGUCCUGCUGGCCUCCCCGGAAUCCCUGGCAUCGAUGGGAUCCGGGGUCUACCAGGCACUGUGAUCAUGAUGCCGUUCCAGUUUGCAAGCAGCUCCCUCAAAGGACCCCCAGUCUCCUUCCAGCAAGCCCAGGCGCAGGCAGUCCUGCAACAGGCUCAGCUGUCUAUGAAAGGUCCUCCUGGCCCGGUGGGGCUCACUGGGCGCCCAGGCCCUGUGGGUCUCCCUGGGUAUCCCGGUCAGAAAGGAGAGAUGGGAGAAAUGGGGCCACAGGGUCCCCGAGGCCUUCAGGGACCUCUUGGGCCCCCUGGCCGGGAGGGAAAGAUGGGCCGCUCUGGAGCAGAUGGGGCCCGGGGCCUCCCAGGGGACACAGGACCUAAGGGUGAUCGGGGCUUUGACGGCCUGCCAGGGCUGCCUGGUGAGAAGGGCCAAAGGGGUGACUUUGGCCAUGUGGGGCAACCUGGCCCCCCAGGAGAGGAUGGUGAGAAGGGAGCAGAGGGACCUCCGGGGCCCACAGGCCAGGCUGGGGAACCGGGCCCCCCUGGAAACCCAGGUAUUCCAGGCAUUCAAGGAUCUGAUGGCCCUCCGGGUCACCCAGGCCAUGAGGGUCCCACAGGAGAGAAAGGGGCCCAGGGUCCACCAGGGUCAGCAGGACCCCCGGGCUAUCCUGGACCUCGGGGUGUGAAGGGUACCUCUGGCAACCGUGGCCUCCAGGGGGAGAAAGGAGAGAAGGGAGAGGAUGGCUUCCCAGGCUUCAAGGGCGAUGGGGGGCUUAAAGGAGAUCGGGGACCCUCCGGGCCCCCCGGUCCUCGGGGAGAAGAUGGUCCCGAAGGGCUGAAGGGGCAGGAGGGGCUGGCCGGCGAGGAGGGGCCCCCAGGCUCAGCUGGGGAGAAGGGCAAGCUGGGGUUGCCAGGUCUCCCAGGUUACCCAGGACGUCCAGGCCCUAAGGGAUCUACUGGCUUUCCUGGGCCGCUGGGACCCUUAGGAGAAAAAGGGAAGCGGGGCAAAGCGGGGCAGCCCGGCCUGGAAGGAGAGCGGGGGCCACCAGGCUCCCGUGGAGAGAGGGGCCAACCGGGUCCCACCGGGCAACCGGGCCCCAAGGGUGAUGUGGGCCAGGACGGGGCCUCUGGGAUCCCUGGGGAAAAGGGCCUCCCAGGUCUGCAGGGCCCUCCUGGAUUCCCCGGACCAAAAGGUCCCCCUGGUCCCCAGGGGAAGGACGGGCGUCCCGGGCACCCUGGACAGAGAGGAGAACUGGGCUUCCAAGGUCAGACAGGCCCACCUGGACCAGCUGGUGUCGUGGGUCCUCAGGGAAAGACAGGAGAAGCGGGACCUCUGGGCGAGAGGGGCCCCCCAGGCCCGCCUGGACCUCCAGGUGAACAAGGUCUUCCGGGCCUGGAAGGCAGAGAGGGUGUCAAGGGAGACCUGGGGCCACCCGGGCCCCUUGGGAAGGAAGGGCCGCCUGGACCCAGGGGCUUCCCCGGCCCCCAAGGAGCCCCUGGUGACCCUGGACCUAUUGGUUUAAAGGGUGACAAAGGCCCCCUGGGCCCUGUUGGAGCCAAUGGCCCUCCUGGGGAGCGGGGUCCUGUGGGCCCGGCAGGAGGCAUGGGGCUUCCUGGCCAAAGUGGAGGCCAAGGCCCUGUUGGCCCUGCAGGCGAGAAGGGGUCCCCGGGCGAACGUGGCUCCCCUGGCCCCACCGGCAAAGAUGGGAUCCCAGGGCCCCCGGGGCUUCCUGGACCGCCGGGAGCUGUUGGGCCUUCUGGCGAGGAUGGGGACAAGGGGGAGGUGGGUGCCCCUGGCAACAAAGGGAGCAAAGGCGAUAAAGGGGAUGCGGGCCCGCCUGGACCAACAGGGGUACGGGGUCCCGUGGGACACCCAGGCUCCCCGGGAGCAGAUGGGGCUCAGGGACGCAGGGGACCACCAGGCCUCUUUGGGCAGAAGGGAGAUGAUGGAGUGAGAGGCUUCGUUGGGGUGAUUGGCCCCCCUGGCCUGCAGGGACUGCCGGGCCCUCCUGGAGAGAAAGGGGAGGUCGGAGAUGUAGGGUCCAUGGGUCCCCAUGGAGCUCCAGGCCCUAGGGGUCCCCAUGGCCCCAGUGGAUCGGAGGGCCCUCCAGGGCUGCCUGGGGGAGUUGGUCAGCCGGGCGCUGUGGGCGAGAAGGGUGAGCCAGGGGAGGCUGGAGACCCAGGACCCCCAGGAACCCCAGGCAUCCCUGGGCCCAAGGGAGAAAUUGGUGAAAAGGGGGACUCAGGUCCAUCUGGGGCUGCUGGACCCCCAGGCAAGAAAGGCCCCCCUGGAGAGGAUGGAGUCAAAGGGAACGUGGGCCCCACUGGGCUCCCAGGAGAUCUAGGCCCCCCCGGAGACCCAGGAGUUUCGGGUAUAGACGGCUCCCCAGGAGAGAAGGGAGACCCUGGUGAUGUUGGGGGACCGGGUCCGCCUGGAGCUUCUGGGGAGCCUGGCCCCCCUGGGCCCCCCGGCAAGAGGGGUCCUUCAGGCCGCAUGGGUCCAGAAGGCAAAGAAGGGGAGAAAGGGGCCAAGGGGGAGCCAGGUCCCGACGGGCCCCCAGGGAUGACGGGCCCAGUGGGGGCUCGAGGGCCCCCUGGACGUGUGGGGCCUGAGGGUCUUCGGGGGAUCCCCGGCCCUGUGGGUGAACCAGGCCUCCUGGGACCUCCUGGACUGAUGGGCCCUCCUGGACCCCUGGGGCCCUCUGGCCUUCCAGGAUUGAAGGGAGAUGCUGGCCCCAAGGGGGAAAAAGGCCACAUUGGAUUAAUUGGCCUCAUCGGCCCCCCUGGGGAAGCUGGUGAGAAAGGGGAUCAGGGGUUGCCAGGCGUGCAGGGCCCCCCCGGCCCCAAGGGAGAACCCGGUCCCCCCGGUCCUAUCGGCUCUCUGGGCCCCCCUGGGCCCCCAGGUGUGGCGGGUCCUCUGGGACAGAAGGGCUCAAAAGGUUCCCCGGGAUCCUUUGGUCCCCGUGGCGACACUGGCCCCCCUGGGCCCCCUGGCCCUCCGGGUCCCCCGGCCGAGCUGCACGGGCUGCGCCGCCGGCGGCGGCGGCGGCGGCGCUCUGUGCCCCUGGAGGGCCCGGAGGGCGGCCUGGAGGAGGUGCUGGCCUCGCUCACGUCGCUGAGCUUCGAACUGGAGCAGAUGCGGCGCCCUCCCGGCACAGCUGAGCGCCCGGGCCUCGUAUGCAGUGAGCUGCACCGCAACCACCCGCACCUGCCGGAUGGGGAAUACUGGAUUGACCCCAACCAGGGCUGUGCGCGGGACGCGCUCAGGGUUUUCUGCAACUUCACGGCUGGAGGAGAGACCUGCCUCUACCCCGACAAGAAGUUUGAGACCGUGAAAAUGGCCUCCUGGUCCAAGGAAAAGCCGGGAAACUGGUACAGCACAUUCCGUCGAGGGAAGAAGUUCUCCUACGUGGACGCUGACGGGUCUCCGGUGAACGUGGUGCAGAUGACUUUCCUGAAGUUGCUGAGUGCCACAGCCCGCCAGAGCUUCACCUACUCCUGCCAGAACUCUGCCGCCUGGCUGGACGAAGCUGCAGGCGACUACGGCCGCUCCCUCCGCUUCCUCGGGGCCAACGGGGAAGAGGUGUCCUUCAACCAGACGACAGCAGCCACCAUCGCUGUCCCCUACGAUGGCUGCCGGCUCCGCAAGGGACAGACGAAGACCCUCUUGGAGUUCAGCUCUUCCCAAGUGGGGUUUCUGCCUCUGUGGGACGUGGCAGCUACUGACUUUGGCCAGACGAACCAGAAGUUUGGGUUUGAACUGGGCCCUGUCUGCUUUAGCAGCUGA